GCUAUGAAUAAAACCUAGCAGCGAAUACCAUCUCAUCUGAAAUACAGGCUAGCUAGACAAUAUUUGUCUUUCCAAUUUUCAGAGCUUCGGACAGCCGCAGUCGUGUACUCUGAUAAAGCUGAUAAAUACAAGGACUCCUUCAUCGCGCUAGCUUCAGAUCCUCAACGUGAAGAAUAAUAGUUUGUUUACAAUAUGAGUUAUCUACCUUACAAUAUAGAAACCCGGAUUAUCAAGAUCAGUUAUGGGAAAGCUGAGUUUGGUCUUCCCGUGCCCGGCCCACUUCGCGAAACCGCAGAAUUGCUAAUUCGCGAUUUUAAUCAGAGCCUGCUAAAGGAUGCUGUGGACAUUGAAAUAAGCUCGUUCGAACUACAUCAUCGCUUCCUCAAGCAUGUGUUGGACUAUCAAACCCAAGAUGAGGGUCUUGCGAUUGCACCCCUUCUGCACGUUGUGUAUGAGCGUUUUUGUACCGUCCACCUGGAAGGGAAGGGUGUGCACACUAAAACCGCGGCUAUGGACGUGGAUACACGAGUACAAUUGAUCCGACUGUGCGGCGAAGCGCACAUUCGCUUGUGUGUGGCUGGGCUUAUUGAUGGAAAAACUACUCCUUUGCACGCGUCAGAAAACUACGCACUAAUUGACGCUGUCAAGAAUGGGAAGGCCUCAGUGAGUGCCCUUUUCGGCGGACAAGGUGCAAGUACUGUACUGGAUGAACUAGAACAAGCUCUGACCACCUACCCAGAGAUCCGGGACACUGUCUUGUCCAUGUGCAAGGUGCUGAAGGAUUGCGCAUCCACCGAUGAAGCAAAAGAGGUGGGUCUUCACGCGCAAGGCUUUGAUGUCGAGCUGUGGUUGGAAGACAAGACAUCGCGUCCCAGCAUCGAUUAUUUACUGAGCACGCCCGUUAGCAGUGCACUCAUUGGCUUGACACAGCUCACGCACUACUGGGUGAUGCUCCACGUGCUCAGGGUCGAACCGAGCGAGAUUCUAUCACUCUUGAUGGGAGUUACUGGCCACAGUCAGGGUAUGAUCGCUGCAGUAGUCGUAUCAUCGUCAAUGGACGAGACCGCCUUCCUAAGCAACUGGACCAAAGCACUGAAAUUACUGUUCUGGAUCGGAACCCGUAUCCAAUUGAGCUACCCUUUGACAACGCUGAGUCCCACUUUGCUGGCCGAUUCCCUCGAACAUGAUGAGGCUACACCCACACCGAUGCUGGCUGUUGCCUUCCUCCCAACACACACUGUUGCUGAGCUAGUAGAACAGGCUAACAGUCACUUGCCAGACCAUCGCCAGCUGAAUAUCGCACUGAUCAACGGACCUCGUUCCGUGGUUGUAGCCGGGCAUCCACAGUCGCUAUAUGGUUUGCAGGUGACUCUGAGAGCGCUGAAGGCGGAGAAGAACGACAACCAAAACCGCAUCCCAUUCUCGCAGCGCAAGCAGGUGUUCACAUCAAAGUACCUUCCGGUGACUGCUCCUUUCCACACCCCUUAUUUGGCGCCCGUGCUCGAUAGUAUCAAAAUCGAUAUCGAACGCGAAGAUCUCGAGUGGUCCAGUAAACUCGAGAUUCCCACCUGGUCUACCCACGACGGCUCAGACCUGCGCGAUAAGGACAAUCUGUCGCUGCAUCUCGCGGCUCUUAUCUGUGUGCACCCCGUCGACUUCCCCUCGUCGACAAGCACUAAGGUUACGCAUGUUCUGGAGUUUGGUCCGGGAGGUAUGGGUGGCGUUGGGGCUCUUCUGCACCGUAACAAAAUGGGAACUGGUGUGCGUAUCGUGCUUAUGGACGCUGAGACCACCACCGACCCCGAUAUCAGCAGCAAAGCCCUGGCCUUCUCAGCCGAUCCCAGUGCACUCAACUACGCGCCAGACUGGGCCGAGGAAUACAAACCGCAGUUGGUGAAGGUGGCCGGCACUCAGGAGACGCACAUCCAGACACGCAUGAGUACCCUCCUGGGCAAACCACCCAUUAUGAUCGCAGGAAUGACACCCACCACUGUCAACGAACACUUUGUAUCGGCUAUUAUCAAUGCCGGAUACCACUGCGAGCUUGCGGGUGGCGGUCACCACAACGAAAAGUCGCUGCGAGACACCAUUGACCAAAUCAUUGCGAACACUACGCCCGGAUCGAGUGUUUCAGUCAAUCUACUGUUCCUCAAUGCCCGCCAAUGGGGUAUCCAGUAUCCUCUGCUCAGACGUCUGCGGCAAGAGGGUUAUCCCAUUGAAGGUAUCUGCGUAGCAGCCGGUGUCCCGUCCAUCGAUAAUGCCACAGAAAUUAUCGAGAACUGUCUCGAAGCAGGCAUCCGCCACAUGUCGUUCAAGCCCGGAUCCGUGAGUGCCAUCAAGGAGGUGAUCGCUAUUGCCGAGCGCAAUCCCGAUAUGCCCAUCCUGAUGCAGUGGACCGGUGGCCGUGCGGGUGGUCAUCACAGUUUCGAGGACUUCCACCAGCCCAUCCUACAGACAUACGCCACCAUCCGCAAGCGCAAGAACAUUGUGCUCGUGGCUGGCAGUGGUGUUGGAGACAGCACCAGCGCCAUGCCGUUCCUUACAGGUGAGUGGAGUGCAUGCUUUGACUAUCCGCUGAUGCCCUUCGACGGUGUGCUUAUGGGUUCGCGUGUGAUGGUCGCAAAGGAGGCGCGCACAUCCGAUGCCGUGAAGCUCAGAUUGUGUCACGAGACACCAGGUAUUCCACUAAAUGACGAGCGGGCCUGGGAGAAGACGUACGAGGGCGUUGUGGGUGGUAUCACGACAGUCACGUCCGAGCUUGGAGAGCCUAUUCACAAGGUUGCCACCCGAGGUAUCAUGCUCUGGAAGCGAUUCGACAAGCAAUACUUCUCGCUGGCCAAGGCCGAGAUGAUCAAAGCCAUCCAAAAGGACAAGCGUGCCAUCAUCGACGCGCUCAACAAGGACUUCCAGAAGGUCUUCUUCGGCAAGAAGGCGAGCGGCGAGGCUGUGGAUGUCAACGAGAUGACUUACCAGGAGGUGGUUGUACGCAUGAUCGAGCUCAUGUACAUCUCCAAGAAGUGUCGCUGGACGCACGUCUCGUACCGCCAGUGUGUGUACGAUAUGUUGGUACGCACGGCUGAGCGUUUCUCCGGGACCACCACACCCGUUGGUCUGGACGGCAGCUUUGUUCUGGAUGCGGAUAUUCCCGAAGAUAGCUGUGAUAGUUCCACGUCUGUCCCGAUGCAGAACGCACUGCGUUUGCUGAGUCAGUUCAGUAUGGCGUCGACCCAGUUCAUGUCCACACAGGAUGUGCACUUCUUCGUCUCCAUCUGCAACAGGCGCGGCCAGAAACCAGUGCCUUUCAUCCCGAUUAUCGACGAGAACUUCAAGACUUAUUUUAAGAAGGAUUCGCUCUGGAUGAGUGAGGACCUCGAUGCGGUUGUGGGUGAAGACGUUGAGCGUGUGUGUAUCCUACAAGGACCCGUCGCAGCGCACUACAGCACUGUGCCUAACCAACCCAUUGCAGAGCUACUGGGCAACAUGUACACGGAUAUGAUCUCCACCCUGUCAGGCUCGCUCUCGAAGUCUUCCAAAGACAUCCCCGUCGUGGACGGCCUGGGCGUGUCCCUUGCCAAGGCACAUACACUACCCCCUCUCGUUGGCGUGCAAACGGCCAGCACUCCCACCGUGCGACAGAUGACUCUGCCGCGCGAAGGCACUAAGCUACCCGACGCGGCGCUGUGGUUUGAGCACAUUUGCCAGGGCGCCAACACGUGGUUGCGUGCGCUUCUGUGCAGUUCUGCGAUCCUCAAGGGGUCGAUGCUGACACAGACCAACAACAUGGCCCGACUGUUCCGUCCGCGACCAGGACAGAUGGUCCGCAUCACCUCGGCCCAUGGCGGCGCUCCGGUGGGUGUGGAGAUCUACGACCAGGGUAUCUCAUCCAAAAUGAAGUACAACGGACACAAAGUACCGGCCGUGCGAGCGUCGUGUCAAGACGGUGUCAACAUUGAAGUGACGCUCAACACGCCUAGCUCAUUGAGUGCGACAACCUAUGUCCCACUGACUCUGAAGUUUCAGUAUGUGCCCGAGAGCCGCUUUGCACCGGUCCGAGAAAUGGAUGGCAACCACAACGCUGAUGUGAACGCGUUCUAUUCCAGUAUGUGGUUCGGUGACUCUCCGCCUCAGGCCAUCCCCACGGCCGAUGCCGGAGACGCCACUGCAGGCGAUGUGAGCGCAGCUAGAUGUGUGUGUCAACAUACCAUCACAGCAGCCGAGAUCACGUCCUUCUGUCGCGCCACGAACAAUCGGAGUGAAGGAUGCGUCAUUCCCCACACCAGGGGCGGCGAUUCCAAGUCUCGGUUGGAAGCACCCAUGGAUCUGGCGAUCGUUGUCGGAUGGAAAGCCAUCAUGGGAUCGUUGCUCAACUCCAAUGUCGAUGCCGACUUGUUGAAUUUGGUGCAUCUUUCCAACUCGUACCGAGUGCUGGAUCUUAUGGAGGACCCGCUCAUGGAGGGUGAUCAGUGCGAAACCAUUGCCGAAGUGUCCAAGGUGCAGGCAGAGAGAAACGGCGGCACAUCUGUCAGUGUCACGGCUGUCAUUUACCGCAAGGAGAAGUCGUACAUGGAGGUCACCUCGACAUUCUUCUACCGUGAGAGUGUGAUGGGAACCAGCUAUUCCGGUACCUUCGAGAAGAAAACGCACACGCCCGUGGAGGUCAAGAUCAGCAGUGUCAAGGAGUUGGCGAUUCUCAAGUCCAAGCCGUGGUUGAGUAUUGUAUCUCCCGAGAAUUUGGUGGUCGGAGCGACCUUGGUGUUCUACGUCAACACACUCACCAGGCACGAGAGCGCCGAUAUGAUUGCCUUCGUGCAGACCCAAGGCACAGUUGUGCGUGAGCUAGACACGGGUGACACAGUGGAUGUAGGUAGUGUUUACUACGAACGAACGCACGUGAAGGGCAACUCGGUCACAGCUUUCUUGGAACGCCAUGGAUCACGUUUAGAGGAAGAGACCCUAUUCGAAGGCGGUGGUUACUCGCUGCUGCCCCGAUCAGAUGCCUAUGUCAAUACAGUCACGGCGCCACCCAAGAACCUGCAGUACGCCAAGGUCUCGGGCGACACCAACCCCAUCCACGUCAACCCGUACUUCUCUGACCUAGUGGGACUGCCCGGCACCAUCACCCACGGCAUGUGGACGGCCGCGAGUAUCCGCCGUCUGGUGGAGGUGUUCGCGGCAGACAACCAGCCCUCCCGCGUGUGCAGCUACAUGAGCGAGUUCUUAGGCAUGGUUCUGCCCGGUGACCGACUGGAGACCAAGCUGACCCAUGUGGGUAUGAGCAAGGGAAAGAUGAUUGUGAACGUGGAUACGUACAACCAGGACAAUGUGCGCGUGCUGCACGGUGUGGCACACGUCCAGCAGGCCAGUACGGCGUAUGUGUUUACGGGUCAGGGCUCGCAGGAGAAGGGUAUGGGCAUGGAGUUGUACCAGGAGAGUGCCACGGCCAAGGCGUUGUGGGACAAGGCCGAUGUGCACUUCAGAGACAAGUACGGGUUCAGUAUUCUGUCGAUUGUUCAGGACAACCCCAAGGAACUCACCGUCUUCUUCGGUGGCGUGAAAGGUGCGGCCAUCCGUGACUUCUACAUCUCACUGCGCUACAGUGUGCUGUACCCCGACGGAUCGACCGAGGACCUCGCACUGUUCCCAGAUAUCACGAACGACACCCAAUCGCACACGUUCAAGCACCCCAACGGACUACUAUCCGCCACCCAGUUCACCCAACCCGCACUGGUGCUUUUCGAGAAGGCGGCGUACGACGACAUGGCCCACGAGGGUCUGAUCCAGAACCACACCACCUUUGCCGGACACUCGCUGGGCGAGUAUGCGGCGCUUGCCUCAGUGGCCAAUGUGCUGUGCGUGGAGGCUUUGAUGGAUGUGGUGUUCUACCGUGGCAUGACUAUGCAGUACGCGGUUAAGCGUGACAGCGAAGGUCUCAGUGACUACGGCAUGAUUGCCGUUAACCCGUCGCGGGUGGGCGGAGGCCUGGGAGAAGCACAGCUGAUCAAUCUGUGCGCACUCAUUGGCACCACCACCUCGUCGCUGCUCGAGAUCGUCAAUUUCAAUGUCGAGAAUCAGCAGUACGUAGCCGCCGGCAGUCUGCUGUGUCUGGAGACCCUCACGCAAGUGUUGAACGUUAUGAAGAUACAGAAGAUCCACGUGAAGAACGUUACCGAGGAGGACGUCAAGCCGGUCAUACAGAUGUGUGUGGAGAGGGUGUUGGAGGUAUCCAAUGGCGCACGCGUGCAGCUCACACGAGGCCAUGCUUGCAUUCCCCUUCCCGGCAUUGAUGUGCCGUUCCACUCUCGCUUCUUGCUGAGUGGUGUUGGCCCCUUCCGCGUGUAUCUGCGCGAGCGUCUGGACUCGAAGGUCGAUCUGAGUCUGUUGGAGAACAAGUACAUCCCCAAUUUGACAGCCAAACCCUUCCAAGUGACCCGUGAGUACUGUAAAGAGGUGUACGAGCUGACCGAGAGUGCAGAGCUGAAGGCGAUUGCAUUGGAAGACGGCCCUCUGCUGCCAUCUCAGCGUCAAGACACCGGAUUCAUCCUACUGGUCGAACUACUGGCCUAUCAGUUUGCCUCACCCGUGCAAUGGAUCAAGACACAGGAUGUGAUUCUGGGUGAGCGAGGUACCGAACGUCUGGUGGAGAUCGGCCCCUCAUCUACUUUGGCGGGUAUGUUCACCCGUACCUUGGCCUUGAAGUACAAGCGACACGAUCAGCUGACAUCGCAGCACAGAGAGGUUAUGACCUUCUCUAAGAAUCGCCAAGAGUUGUACUUUGAGUUCCUCGGAGAGGGAGAGGAAGAGAAGGAGCCAGAGGCCCAGGCACCGGCGGCGGCCGCUCCCGUUGCGGCAGCGGCUCCCGUUGCUGCUGCGGCACCAGCUGCUGCCCAUCAAGGCCCUGCUAUCUCUCAGCCCGUCACCACCAAGGACACUCUGCGGUGUGUCAUUGCUCUUAAAAUGAAGAAGAAGAUGAGCGAUAUCCCUAUGGACAAGUCGGUCAAGGAAAUGGUUGGCGGCAAGAGUGCGUUGCAGAACGAAAUCCUAGGCGACAUCAGUGCGGAAAUGGGCACAAGCUCCUUCCCAGAGGGCGUCGAAGAGCUGCCUCUGACAGAACUCUCCGAGAAGAUCAAGCACAGCGGCCGUAUCGGCAAGCUACUAACAACUCGCGUGAACAAGUGUCUAUCGUCCAAAAUGCCGGCUGGGUUCACACAGGUGAAGGCUAAGACCUACCUACUGAACACCCAUGGCUUGGCUGAGUCGAGUGCGGAGGGUGCGCUCAUGCACGCCAUCACGGUCGAGCCGGCUGCGCGUGUGAAGGAUGAAGCUGGUGCCAAUGCCUGGCUGGAUGAAGCGGCUGGUUUGUAUGCCGCUAUGAGUGGAGUGUCCUUGAGCAAGCCAUCGAGUGCUCCUCUGGGCGCACCAAUGCAACAGAUGGUAGCGGGUGCGGGGCCAUCGGCCGCCGCCGCGAGUGGUCCGUCGGCCGUGUCUGCUCUGGAGAUUCUUCAGACUAUCAUCGCCGUCAAGACGCGAGCGUCACCUGUCAGUGUCAAAGGAGGCUCGACUCUUAAGGAGAUUGCGCAAGGCAAGUCGACCCUCACCAACGAGAUCAUGGGUGAUGUGGCCGCUGAGUUCGGUACUAACUUCAACAUCCCCAGCGAUCCUGCUGAGCAGACCCUGGAGUCAUUGGCUGCCGCCGUGGCCACGCCAUUUGCUCAUCCAGGAAAAGUCACCAAGGCGCUGGUGAACCGAAUGGUCGCCCAGAAGAUGCCAGGAGGCUUUGGCGCGGGUGCGUGCCGUGAGUACAUUUCCGGCAAGUACGGACUCACUCCAACUAUGGUGGAUGGGGCUAUGCUUCAUGCAGCCGGCCUAGAGCCCAAGGCCCGUUUGGCUGACAAAGACCAGGCGAGCACAUUCCUGGAUGGAGUGGUGACGUCUUAUGCUGGCAUGGUAGGUAUCACGCUCGGCACAGCUGGAGGGGGCGGUGGCGGUGGUGCGAUGGGCGGGGCGAUUGCCGAUGUGAACUCGAGCGCCACGUACCAACGCGAUCUCGCUCGCCACGCACAGCUGUUACGCGACAAUGUAACCGCCAUCAGCGAGUACUUCGGUGAAGACGAACAGGCGGGUCACAAACGCGUUGCCGAGCUGACCAAUCAGAUUGCUGAGAUGGAAGCGCAAGCCAGCCAAUGGUCGAACGAGCAUGGGGAGUUCUACACCAAUGCAAUCCAGCCAAAGUUCUCGGCUCUGAUGGCGCGCACCUACGACUCGUACUGGAAUUGGGUCAGACAGGACUUUGUGGCGCUGAUGCACGAGGUGGCUGAUUUCCUCAGCCGCGCCCAAGCAGGGCAGAACGCAGAGACACUCUCGUCCGCUCAGAUGGCCAAACUACGCGAGAGUGAUGUGGGUGAGCAGCUGACCAUGCGCUGGGCACAGCUGUGCAAUCGCAACACCCCCGAACUACUUGCCAUGGUCCGAUUCCAUCUCGAGCAGACGGAGCGUGGACAGACACUCGCGCGUUUCCUGAACACCACUGCGGAAGAGGCUGUGGCGAUGAUCGCAGCCACCGCGCCCUCUGCAGUGUUCAAGGCUGAGAUUCACAGCAAGCAACCUAGCUGUGAGGUGCUUGACAACGGAGACUUGGUGUACACAGAAACGCCCCGUGAGGCUCGGUACUUGGAGGACAUGAGUCUUCCCGCCAAAAAGGCUGGAGAUGCCGAGAAAGACAAAGAUAGUGCGGAGAGCGAGAGCCAGCUCACGGAGUCACUUCAGGGCUUGGUCAGCAUGCUAGAGGACAUGUCGUCGUCAUCGCCAACACCUGGAAAGGAUAGCUUGAACGCUCGCAUCGAGGCCAUGCAGUGUGCGGCCAAGGUGUCCGCCGCGAUCGCUGCUUUGCGCAAGAAGGAGUCGGCAUUAAAACCUGGUUUGUCCCUGAAGACCCAAACCUCAAGCGGCGAGUGGGAGUAUAACACGCACACCACCAAAAUCUUCCAGGACGCGCUUCAGCAGAUCCAGGAUGCAGGACUCUGUCUCAAGGACAAGAAUGUGCUCAUCACGGGUGCAGGCAAGGGCUCCAUCGGCGAGUCUUUGCUGGAUGUAGUGUUGGCUGCCGGAGCGAACGUCAUUGUGACCAGUUCGAGCUUCAGCUACAAGACCACACAGUACAUCCGUUUCAAGUACGAGACGUGCGCGGGUAAAGGUAGUGCGCUGACGCUACUGCCGUUCAACCAAGCCUCUGUCCAGGAUGUGCACCAAUUGGUAGACCAUGUCUUUGACGUCAUGAAAACGGAUCUGGAUUUCGUCAUCCCCUUCGCUGCCAUAUCCGAGGGCGGCCGCGAGAUCGACAACAUCGAUGAUCGAUCUGAGCUUGCCCAUCGAAUGAUGUUGACCAAUUUGACCCGUCUUUUGGGUGCAAUUAAGUCCAAGAAGGAGGCCAUCGGGUCCAUCACCCGCCCCACACUCGCACUCCUGCCGCUCUCGCCCAAUCACGGAGUGUUCGGCGGAGAUGGUCUAUACGCCGAGUCUAAACUUGGUUUGGAGGUUCUCUUCAACAAGUGGCGCAGUGAGGGAUGGAGCCAGUACUUAGCCAUCACAGGCGUGGUCAUUGGCUGGACACGUGGCACCGGACUGAUGUCUCAGAACAACAUCAUUGCUCGGGCCGUCGAGGACUUGGGCGUGCGCACAUUCAGCACGGGUGAGAUGGCGUACAACAUGGCCGGUCUCCUGCACCAGCGCCUGGUGGACGUAGCCGUACGCGACCCAUUAUGGGCGGACUUCAGCGGAGGCCUAGACACAGUAGAAGGCCUCAACACCGCCUUCUCUGAGGCCCGCACAACUCUGACCGAACGCGCCGCGAUGAACGCAGCCGUGUCCAAGGACAAGGUGGUAGACACACAGAUCGAGCAUGGAGAAUACAUGCAAACACCGAGCAUCGAGCGCCGCUCUAACCUCGUGGCGCAGUUCCCACCCAUCUGCGUGCCGCAGGACACCACGCACAUGAAGCAGCUGCGAGAGAUGCUGGAUCUCAAUCGCGUGGUGGUGGUGACUGGAUAUGGAGAGGUGGGCCCCUUCGGCAACGCCAGAUUGCGUUGGGAAAUGGAGAAGGACGGCGUUUUCUCGCUGGAGGGAUGUGUUGAGUUGGCUUGGAUCAUGGGCUAUGUGAAGCACUUCAACGGUGUUCUGGAUGGCAAGGCCUAUUCCGGAUGGGUUGAAACGAGCAGCGGAGCCCCCAUCAAAGACACGGACAUCAAAGCGACCUACGAGGAGAAGGUAUUGGAACAUACCGGCAUCCGUGUUGUAGAGCCCGAGCUAUUCGACGGCUACAACCCAAAGCAGAAGCAGUUCCUGCGACAGGUGGCCAUAGAACGCGACUUCGGACCCAUCAAGUGUUCGGAAGAGGAUGCCCUCGAGUACGCCCACGAGCACGGUGACGAUGUCACUAUCUUCAAGGAUAUGGAUGGAGAGUGGAGGUGUCUGUUCAAGAAGGGCGCUCAGCUGUACAUUCCCAAGGCUCUGCAAUUCGACCGCAAUGUCGCUGGACAGAUCCCCACUGGCUGGAAGGCCGAGCGCUACGGUGUGCCCGAUGAUAUCGUGGCACAGGUGGAUCCCAUCACCCUGUACAACUUGGUGAGUACCGUCGAGGCCCUCGUGAGCUCAGGUAUCACCGAUCCCUACGAGUUCUACCAGUACGUGCACGUGUCUGAGUUGGGCAACACCUCCGGUGGGGGUGUGGGUGGUAUGAAGUCCAACAUCGAGAUCUACAAGGACCGUUUCGUGGAGAAACAGGUGCAGGGCGACAUCCUGCAGGAGACCUUUAUCAACACCAUGCCUGCGUGGGUCAACCUGUUGCUACUGAGUUCGAGUGGACCUAUCAAGACACCUGUGGGUGCCUGUGCCACGGCGGUCGAGAGUGUGGAGAUUGGUGUGGAUACCAUUCUGUCCGGAAAGGCGAAGGUAGUCAUCUGCGGUGGCUACGAUGAUUUCCAGGAAAUGGGAUCAUACGAGUUCGCCAGUAUGAAGGCGACCUCCAGCUCAACUGAAGAGGCCAAACAAGGGCGCACUCCCGCUGAAAUGUCUCGCCCCACCACAACCACGCGCAGUGGUUUUAUGGAGUCGCAGGGUGCCGGUAACCAGAUUAUGAUGUCCGCUGCCCUAGCCGUAGAAAUGGGAUUGCCCAUUUACGGUAUUGUCGCACUCACCAGCACAGCCACCGAUAAAGAGGGCCGAAGUGUACCCGCACCAGGCCAAGGUGUCCUAACUUCUGCGCGAGAGGUGCAGAAGAACGGCAAGAACACAUCCCACCUGCUCGACCUAAGCUAUCGUGCCCGCCAACUGAAGUUCCAGAACGCCCAGAUCAACACGUGGGUGGACCAUGAGGUUGCCGAGUUGGAUCAGCUACUACAGGAUGAUGCUGGUGUGUACGAGUCUGACCUAUCUGAUCGAGUGAAGGCAGUUUACGCCGAUGCGGAGAGACAGCGUAAGGCUGUACAACAUACUUGGGGGUCAGACUUCUACCAGAACGACCCCGCUAUCGCGCCGGUCCGAGGAGCGUUGGCUGUGUAUGGUCUGACGGUUGAUGACAUCGCUGUUGCGUCGUUCCACGGCACCAGUACUAAGGCGAAUGACACCAACGAGUCCGAUGUAGUGAACUCGCAAAUGGCCCAUCUCGGCCGAUCGGAAGGCAACCCCGUGUGUGGUGUCUUCCAAAAGUACUUGACAGGUCACCCCAAGGGUGCCGCUGCUGCAUGGAUGCUCAACGGUGUGCUUCAGAUCAUGGCCGAUGGCGUCAUCCCCGGCAAUCGCAAUGCAGACAACGUGGACAUUGCGCUGAGAGAGUACUCACACCUGUACGUCCCGUCACGCUCGGUGUCCGUGGGUAGUCGCAACAUUAAAGCCGCACUUCUGAAGAGUUUCGGCUUUGGUCAAGUGGGUGGUGAGGUGUUGGUCAUCCACCCCUCGUUCGUGCUAGGUCUGCUAUCCGAAACAGAGUUGGCAACGUACACGACUCUUCGAGAUAGCAGAGAGGCCCGUGCGUCACAGUACACCCAGGAUGCCAUGGCUGGCGUCAAGCCAUAUGUCCGUGUGAAACACGCACCACCAUACUCACCGGACAACGAGAAGGCUGUGUACCUCAAUCCUCUCGCACGUGCAAGCUACGAUCCCGUGGCGGACACGUGGCUGUUCACCGCUAAGGGUGCACGUGCACACACCAGCCCGAAGCGAUCGCUCAGCAACAAGACAUCGAGUCAGUCGUCACCUACGCUAUCGACCAAGGCGGCCUCGGGUGGCAGUCUCAAUCAAGGCGUAGGCGCAGAUGACCUCAAGUCCCAACUGCUGAACUCUUUGAAGAGUAAUGUACUUGGCCCCAUCGCACACCAACGGAUUGAGGACGCUGAGGCUGGCGGAGUGGGUGUUGAUGUCGAACUGGUCGAUACUAUCAACAUCGACAACGAUGUCUUUGUCGAGAACAACUUCACCGAGCGCGAAAUCACGUACUGCCUUGCCCAACCCGAUGUGCGCGCAAGCUUUGCGGGUAGAUGGGCGGCUAAAGAGGCGGUGAUCAAAGCUAUCAGCAACUACAACGUAGAGGUACUUGCGGGCUGGAAGGGGGCACAUGCUGGGUUGAAGGAUAUCGAGAUCCUCCCAUCAGUGUCAAAGGCACCACAGGUUGCGCUUCACGGUGAGGCUCUGGUGGUCAUGCAGAAGGCUGGAGUCACUAAGAUUAAGGUGUCAAUUAGUCACAGUGGCGAAUACGCCGUAGCAACCGCGUAUGCUAGUUAAUAAUUAAACUAUAAUAUAAAUAAUAUAAUGUAAAUAAAGGAUAUAUAAAGUCUGUUAUA